AUGAUUUUAUCUAAAUAUAUUUUUCAAUUUAUGUCUUUUUUUUUCCUAUGUUUCUCAUAUGCAAUUAGUAAGAGAUAUGAAAAUAAGUUAAUAAAAAUUUCAGAUUUAAAAAUAUAUGACUAUUUUAAGAAUUCUUUAUGCAAUAAUUCAUGCAGAAAAAAUAGGCUGUUUUUUAUAUAUUCGAAUAAAUAUUUAGUAAAAAAAAAUUUUCAAACUUACAAAUUAUCUAGGGUUAACAAUUCAAUUUACUUAUUUCGAGAGAUUAAUGUAGGUUCUCUAUUUCCCGGUUUUAAAACGAUUUUUAAUAAAAAAUUUUUAUUUGAUCCCUUGUAUAGCUCUCAAAAGGAUAUUAUCAUAAGAAAUAUAAAGACUAUACAUUUAAUACAACAGGGUAAUGUAGUCAAAAAUAUUUUAAUAUUUUCUGCAUCUUGCUUUACAAUUUUUCUUAUAUCUAAACUUCUCUUAUUACUAAGAAAUUUUUUUCAAAAUCAAUAUAAAAUGAUAAGUGAACAAGAAAUGCAACUCUUAGGAAAAUAUGAAAACCCUCAUAUUGAAUUUAAUGACUGA